UUCUUUCACUCAUUUUAUUUUCUUCCUCCUCAUUGUACCUCCUCAUACUUCCAACACACAGCUACAACAAACAAUGGCUACUUUACCGUUCCCUGCAGCUCAAUCAAAGUCCAAAUUCCCUUCAAGGUUCACACAUUUCAACUACAGAGCCACCCUUUCGAAGCUUUUCUUUACAACCCCAUUUUUGAAUCAUUCAAGAAGAAGAAAUUUAUCUGUCAAGAACAUUGCCAGCGAUCAAAGACAGGAUUUACAAGACCCUGUUACUCGAGGAGAUUCUCUGGAUACAUCUGUUCCAGAUUCAGGCUCUAUCGCCUUCAGAAUCAAGUACCAUGCAGAAUUCACACCAUCUUUCUCUCCAGAACACUUUGAGCUCCCCAAGGCGUUUAUGGCUACUGCAGAGAGUGUCCGGGAUUUGCUUAUAAUAAAUUGGAAUACUACAUUUGAGUACUAUGUGAAGAUGAAUGUGAAGCAGGCUUAUUAUCUGUCUAUGGAGUUUCUACAGGGUAGAGCCCUGCUGAAUGCGAUUGGUAACUUGGAGCUUUCAGGGGCUUAUGCAGAGGAUUUGAGAAAGCUAGGUCACAAUUUAGAAGAUGUAGCUAGACAGGAGCCUGAUGCUGCACUUGGUAAUGGAGGCCUAGGGCGGCUUGCUUCCUGCUUUCUUGAUUCCAUGGCAACGUUAAAUUACCCUGCAUGGGGCUAUGGACUUAGAUACAAAUACGGUUUGUUUAAACAACUUAUUACAAAAGAUGGUCAGGAGGAAGUUGCAGAAAGUUGGCUUGAGAUGGGAAAUCCCUGGGAAAUUGUAAGAAAUGAUAUAAGCUACCCUGUGAAAUUCUAUGGUAAAGUAAUUUUGAAGCCAGAUGGAAGUAAGGCAUGGAUUGGAGGAGAAAACAUAACGGCUGUCGCCUAUGAUGUGCCAAUUCCAGGAUAUAAAACUAAGACAACAAUAAAUCUUCGGUUAUGGUCCACUAAAGUUGCUCCAGAAGAAUUUGAUUUACGUGCUUUUAAUACAGGAGAUCAUGCUAAAGCAUUUGCAGCUGUAAAUAAUGCUGAGAAGAUUUGCUAUAUAUUAUACCCUGGAGAUGAAUCAAUAGAGGGUAAGACUCUUCGAUUGAAGCAACAAUAUACUCUAUGCUCUGCAUCUCUCCAAGAUAUAAUUGCUCAUUUCGAAAGAAGAUCAGGAGAAUCAGUGAAUUGGGAAAUUUUUCCUGACAAGGUAGCAGUUCAGAUGAAUGACACUCACCCAACUCUUUGCAUCCCAGAGCUUAUUAGAAUAUUGAUGGAUGUGAAAGGCUUGAGUUGGAAGGAAGCUUGGAAUAUUACUCGAAGAACUGUAGCUUAUACAAACCACACAGUUCUACCUGAGGCUCUGGAGAAAUGGAGUUUGGAGCUACUCCAGGAUUUGCUUCCUCGACAUGUAGAGAUCAUUAAGAUGAUUGAUGAGGAGUUGAUUCAUACCAUAAUGGCGGAGUAUGGUACAGAGGAUCUUGACUUGUUGCGACAAAAGUUCAAGGAAAUGAGGAUUCUGGAUAAUGUGGAGUUGCCUGACACUGUGAUCCCACUGCUAGUUAAAUCACGAGAUAGUUCUUCUGUUGAUGCCAUUGAGUAUGUUGAUGAAGUUGAAGAUCCUGAUGAAGAAACUGAAUCUGCUAAAGAAGAGGAACCGACCGAAGAAGAGGAAGAAAAGGAGGAAAAUGAUGUAAAAUUUGAGCCGGAUCCAGCAUUGCCAAGGCUUGUCCGAAUGGCUAAUCUAUGCGUUGUUGGCGGAUAUGCAGUGAACGGGGUUGCUGAGAUUCACAGCGAAAUAGUGAAAAAUGAAGUCUUCAAUGAAUUCUAUAAGUUGUGGCCUGAGAAAUUUCAAAACAAAACAAAUGGAGUAACACCAAGAAGAUGGAUUCGAUUUUGCAAUCCUGAUCUCAGCAAAAUCAUAACCAAGUGGACUGGAAAUGAAGAUUGGGUCUUAAGCACUGAGAAUUUGCAGAUACUUAGAAAGUUUGCAGAUAAUGAGAAUCUCCAAGCUGAAUGGAGGGAAGCAAAAAGAAUGAACAAGAUGAAGGUUGCAGCUUUUCUUAAAGAAAAAACAGGGUACACUGUCAAUCCAGAUUCAAUGUUUGAUGUGCAGGUAAAGCGCAUACAUGAAUACAAGAGGCAGCUGUUGAACAUCUUGGGAAUUGUUUAUCGCUACAAGAAGAUGAAAGAAAUGAGUCCUGAAGAAAGAAAAGCAUGUUAUGUUCCAAGGGUGUGUAUAUUUGGAGGCAAAGCAUUUGCUACAUAUGUCCAAGCCAAGAGAAUUGUGAAAUUUAUCACAGAUGUGGGAGCUACUGUUAACCAUGAUGAAGAAAUAGGUGAUCUUUUGAAGGUCGUGUUUGUUCCUGAUUACAAUGUGAGUGUUGCAGAAGUACUGAUUCCAGGAAGUGAGCUUUCCCAGCAUAUCAGUACUGCUGGAAUGGAGGCCAGUGGAACCAGCAAUAUGAAGUUUGCCAUGAAUGGCUGUGUCCUUAUUGGAACCUUAGACGGAGCAAAUGUCGAAAUAAGGCAAGAGGUUGGAGAAGAUAACUUCUUCCUGUUUGGUGCUCGAGCUGAUGAAAUUGCUGGACUAAGGAAGGAAAGAGCAGAGGGUAAGUUUGUGGCUGAUCUACGGUUUGAAGAAGUGAAGGCAUUUGUUAGGAGUGGUGUUUUUGGGCCCUAUGACUAUGAAGAACUCAUGGGAUCUUUGGAAGGCAAUGAAGGGUAUGGCAGAGCUGAUUAUUUCCUUGUAGGCAAAGACUUCCCCAGUUACUUGGAAUGCCAAGAGAAGGUUGAUGAGGCCUAUCGCGACCAAAAGAGGUGGACAAGAAUGUCGAUUUUGAACACAGCUGGAUCAUACAAAUUCAGCAGUGACCGAACAAUUCAUGAAUAUGCCAGAGAUAUAUGGAGGAUUGAUCCUGUUGUGUUGCCUUGAAACAGAACCUCAAGAGUGAUGAAACAAUAAUGGACCAGGAACUGUCACUGGUUAAUCAAAGGGGACCCAAUUAUACCCAAGCAAGUAGCUUGUAUAAAAUAAUGAAUUAUCACUAUAAGAGUGAGAGUUUAUUAAAAUUUUACUGCGGACAAAAAAAUUAAAAACAUCUAUCAGCAAGUUUGGCUAAAAGACUGAAUUAAUUAAAGAUACUAAAUUUUAUUUUAUUUUAUUUAAA